CCGCUUCUGCUUCCGCCGCCGCCACCGCCGCCGUCGUCGGUACAGCCGCUGCGCGUUCGGCGGGGGAGGAGUCGGAGGCGGAGAAGAAGGCGGUGGUGGCGGGUGGAGGAUCGAGCGCUGUUCUCGCUCAGGAGCCGCUGCACAUUUCGGAAUCUUUUGCAGCUUAUCCACUGUUUGAAUAAAAACAAAACAAAAUCCAUAAUUCUACUGAGCUGGGCACAUAGACACUGCCAUAUAUGUCACAGCACACAGAAAAAGAGCCCUCAGUAAUGGAUCAAGAAUCCAACAAAGCUGCUUGGCCUAAACCAGCAGGAGGAUAUCAGACAAUUACAGGCAGGAGAUAUGGAAGAAGACAUGCUUAUGUCAGUUUCAAACCGUGCAUGACCAGGCAUGAAAGAAGCUUAGGUCGAGCUGGCGAUGACUAUGAAGUAUUGGAACUAGAUGAUGUUCCAAAGGAAAAUUACUCAGGUUCCAGUUCACUGGAUCAAGUUCAUUCUCCUUUACCCAACGAAACUACAUUUGAAAAAAGUGAAACAGAAAUUCCCAGUUGUGGUGUAACACUGAAUCAAACCACUGAGAGCAGCCCAUCCUAUGCCACAGUAUGUCAUAGUGAGGAAGUCAGGGAGACCUUAGAAAGCAAUAAGAAUCUUCAUAAUAACUCUGAGACAGAGUAUACUCCAGGAAUUUGUAAUGUCUCAAGUGUCCAAAAUGGAAUGUCAUUGGUUCAUACUGACUCUAAUGAUGCAGACAGCAAACAUGGUAAAAAUAAUGACUGUCUUCAGCUUUCUCUAGAAGCUGUGGAAGGUGGUAGAUGUCAGGAAGUAUUAAGCAAUAUAGUAUUUGAGCUGGAAAAUGGAGAGGCAGAGGUGUACACUGAUCUUUCUCCGUCAGUUCCAUCUCUCAGCUGUGAAAUAACUGAUGAGUUUGAAGAGUUAGAUUCAGUACGUUUAGUGAAAAGUUCUGAUAAUACUGAGUUUGUCCAUGAGAAUGGGCAGGAAUUUCAGAGGUCUUCUCAAGAUGACAUUGUUAGAGAGAAGCAACAAGAUAAUACCAACCAGGAAAGACAGGCAGAAAAUUCAGCUCAAGAUGUAGCCUGUGUUCCAGGGCAUAUUUGUAAUGAACAAAAUACCAGUGACAACUGCCAUGGAAGUUCUCCUGAACAGGUAGUGAGGCCAAAAGUUAGAAAAGUAGUAAGUUCAAGCCAGGUAGACCAAGAAACAGGUUUUAAUAGGCAUGAGGCUAAACAAAGAAGUGUUCAGAGAUGGAGAGAGGCUUUGGAAGUUGAGGAAUGUAGCUCAGAAGACCCUUUAAUAAAGUGUGAAGAAUUUGAUGGAGAACAUGAGUGUAUGUUCCUGACUCCACCUUACUCAAGAGUUACACAGAGGGAAACAGAACAUAAUCAUGUAACAUCAGAAAAUGGAGCCACAGCAGGAAGGCAAGAAACUCGGGAUAGUACGUUUUGGAAUGGCUGUGGAGAUUAUUACCAGCUCUAUGACAAAGAUGAAGAUAGUUCAGAAUGUAGUGAUGGGGAAUGGUCUGCUUCUCUGCCUCAUCGAUUUUCUGGUACAGAAAAAGAUCAAUCCUCAAGUGAUGAAAGCUGGGAAACUCUGCCAGGAAAGGAUGAGAAUGAACCUGAGCUACAGAGUGAUAGUAGUGGCCCUGAAGAAGAAAACCAAGAAUUAUCUCUUCAGGAGGGGGAACAGACAUCUUUGGAGGAGGGAGAAAUUCCCUGGUUACAGUACAAUGAAGUCAAUGAAAGCAGCAGCGAUGAGGGAAAUGAACCCGCCAAUGAGUUCGCACAACCAGAAGCUUUCAUGCUGGAUGGUAACAACAACCUUGAGGAUGACUCCAGUGUGAGUGAAGACUUAGAUGUGGACUGGAGCCUAUUUGAUGGCUUUGCGGAUGGACUGGGAGUUGCUGAAGCUAUCUCUUACGUGGAUCCUCAGUUCCUCACCUACAUGGCACUAGAAGAACGCUUGGCCCAGGCUAUGGAGACUGCACUGGCACAUUUAGAGUCUCUUGCAGUGGAUGUUGAGGUGGCCAAUCCACCAGCUAGUAAGGAAAGCAUUGAUGGUCUUCCAGAGACCCUUGUUCUAGAAGAUCACACUGCUAUUGGUCAGGAGCAGUGCUGUCCGAUCUGCUGCAGUGAGUAUAUUAAGGAUGAUAUAGCAACAGAGCUGCCCUGCCACCAUUUCUUUCACAAACCUUGUGUCUCAAUUUGGCUACAGAAGUCGGGAACAUGCCCUGUUUGCCGCCGUCAUUUCCCACCUGCAGUCAUUGAAGCAUCUGCAGCUGCAUCCUCUGAACCUGAUGCUGACUCCCCACCUGCAAAUGACAGUACUACAGAAACUCCAUAAGCCCUAAUGUUGAAAUGAGAUCAUUCUAUCAAAGUAAAUCUGCAAAUUCCUUCUAAAUCUGAUGUGCAAAUAAUUAUAUAUAAAUAUAUUUAAAAUGCUAUAUAUAGUAUAUGCCAUAGUUUAGAAAGAGAGUAUUAAACUUUCUAAACUGAAUUUAGGUUUGCAGAAAGUACUAAACAUUUUCAAGCUGAAUGUUAAAGCAGUGCAUCCAUUUUCUUUAGUUGAAUAUGUUGGUGUUAAUUGUAAAGUCAAGCUUAUGGAUUAACUCUCCCCAAAACAGUCAUCUCUGUGGCACGUAUUACUGGUUUUGUCUAAAGUCCCGCCACUAAGAGAUUAUAAUUAAGCUCUCCUAUUUGCAUCAAAUGUGAAGACUGAUCACAACAGUAGUGAAAGUUUGGUUUCAUUGGAAAUAAAUUGAAUUCUAAAGCAUGCUUUUUCACUGGUCCCUUUGCUUUUGCUGCAUCAAAACCUCUUAGUUCAUAAUACUGAGAAGGUUUUAAGAUAGUAUCUACUUUGCAUUUUAUUUUAAAAUUAGAAUUCUUGAUCAAACAAAGGCUGAAAUUUUGGCCAGAACAUUAAAAACAAUAAAAUAAAAUCUUAGAUGGUUAGGUGAUGAGGUAUUCAGUAAACAUUGGAUGUAUUUUAAGUAACAUUAAUAAGACAUGUGAAGAAGCUGGUGUGCCCAAUGCUUGGCACAGUUAGAUGCAUUUGGCCUUAUGAACCACUGUCUAAGCUCUUACCACUCUGCUUCUACCUUGCUACUUGGGGAAUACUUGAAUGUCCAGAACACUCUUGGCAUAUUUGUUUAAGUUGAAUGUAGUUAGCUUUAGGUAGUUUGGGUUCUGAAAUUUUUCAGAAGGUCUGAAAACUUGCACAGGGUCAUGCUUAUAAUUAUAUAGCUCCAAAUAAAAAUUGCACAGCUUUUAGGUGAUCACAUCCCAUAGGCAAGUUUGUACAAAUAUGGGUAUAACAGAUAGCUUACAGAUGUGAUUUGAUAUCCAUGCUAGAGGACAGUGACUUCUAGAAUAUCACAUUUAAGCAAGUAAAAUAGUAAAGUGCAUAAUAAGUGUACACUCUCCAUGUGGUCCACUCAUAGAUUAGCUUCAGGAUGAUUUAUAUGGCUUCCCAAAUGCACAGUUUCAUUUAAUUUGUAUAAUUUCUCUGAGUAUUUAUAUUCUUUCCCUUUUCUCCAUUCUUAAAAAUAAAUGAAUUUUUGCUGUUGGCACAUUUGAGGCUUAAAUAUAAGGAACAUAACACUUGCAUUCUGAUUUUUGCAUAUAUUGUAAAUGUGGCUGGUAUUUACAGCAAAAUACUGUGUAUCCUUUUAUGGGUAAAACAAAAGUGAACAUUGCAUGCAUGUAAUGUGGUGAAUUUGUAAUUUAGGGGUUCUUUGGGCUUCUGUGACUUUGGAUGCUUACAUUCAGGCCUUAAUGUUGCUUUAGCUAGCAUGUUUUCCUUCCAGUGUAUAUAGUCAUCAUUGUAUAAACUAAUCUUUGCUUGUUUUCUACUCUGUGAUCUUUCCGUACCAUAUUUCAUUGAUGAUGAGUUAGUGUCAAGAAGUCACACCAUAUUAACAUAAUUCUCAUGUGUAUAUUGUGGAAAUUUGUGGCUAGUGUGAUUUUUUUUGUUUUUGUUUUUGCUUCCUUUCAAGUACUGUUGAUUGGUUGUGGCACUUACUGGUUAAACUUACAUCGCUACAGAUUGCUCUGUAAUAAGCCACACAUUAUAUUUAGGCAGUAUUAAGGGACCUUGGUUUUCCUUCUAGGUAGCAGCUGUCCCAAAGAAAAUAUUUUUUCUUUGCCUAUUAAGAUUUAGCUAUUAUCUGCCAGUUGUUAAGAGGUUUGGUUCCAAACUCGACCAGAGAUUUGAACGUAAGAUAGCUGUACUUUUUGCUUUCCAUCUGUUACCGUCCUUCAUUGUUGGCUCCCUACUAUGUAUAAACAGCUGCUAUGAAGGAGAAAGUUGAAUAAGACUUAGUUUAAAUUUUUUUAAUGAGAAAUGAGGUUUUAGGAUGUUCAUGGUAACAAGCCAGUAUAAGCUGAGGCUGACAAGUUCAGACCCAAUAUAUUAUUUGAUCUUAUCUUGGAUCCUUUUGAAAAAGCUAAGAAUAUAUGAAGGUAAAUUAGAAAUAGUAAAAAUAUUAAUAAAAUAUCAUUUAUCUUAUUUCUCUAUUGUAUGUUGUGACUUGACCUAAUAAUUUUAUUUUUGGACAUUUUCUUCUUGUAAUAUGAAUGCUGAUAUUUAAGGUUAGAUUCAUGUGGUUUUCUUUUGUAUUUCUUGUUUAUCUCUAAGCUAACUAACUUUUAAGAUUAUUUGUGAUCAGAAUUUAUAUAUAAGCUGUUAAAUAUAUAUGAGCUGUUAAAAUGGAAUGCAAGUUUUUCAAAAGCCCAGGUCUAAAUGUAAUGAUUGGUUUAUUGUUCUUCAAUCCCAGCCCAUCAUUUUCUGUGUAAAUCAUAAACAAUAAACAGGAUAUACUCAGUGUUCAUUUCUAAUA